AUGGCCACCUCACCGGCUGCAUCGUCUGGCACUGCCACGGGCACCAUCGGCGAGACGAUCGUUGGGUCGCACCUGUGGAAGAUCGACCGCUUCUCGGCAACCAAGGAUCUCGGCGUCGGCAAGAGCAUCAAAUCUAGCACAUUCAACGUCGGAGGGCAUACCUGGUACAUCGAGUGCUAUCCUUGCGGUGACAACGAGUACAGCGCCGGUCUGGUAACCCUCUUUCUGUGCCUCUCUGCUCAUAAGGAACAAGUCGAGGCAAAAUGCAGGUUCACUUUGAUGGAUGAUGACCGAGACUAUUAUCAAGACGGCUACAACCACACCUACAACGCAGAGGAUUCAAGGGGCUUAGGUAUUGAUCUCAUAAAAAGGGCAGAUCUGAAGAAGCACCUCAAGGACGACUGCUUCCGGAUCAGAUGUGAUGUGUACAUUGUCAGGGAGUUUCCUGCUGUGCCACCGCCGGACCUGCAUCGACCUCUCAGUGACCUUGUUGCUAGUGGAAUGCCUGGCGGCGAUCGGACGUUCCAAGUCGGCGGGGAGGUCUUCACUGUGCACAGAGGACUACCAGACCCAUCUGCCCACAUAGCAGCCUCCCCAACACCCGCCGGCACCAGCAGUAGCACCGCGGGGAGCAUCUCUUCCGUGUCGCACGUCCUGACGAUCGACGGCUACUCCAAAUCCAAGAAGAUGUUCCGCACCGACGACUAUGUCGAAUCCGAAUGGUUCAGGGUCGUCGGAGGGCACAGCUGGUACAUCAAAUUGUACCCAAGCCGCGAAAAAGAGGAUGACGACAGCGGCUGCCUAGCCGUCUUCCUCAAUAACAACUGGUGGCUAUUAGAUGAAGAUCAUAUUGAAGAUAAAGUACUGAAGGUGCGAGUCGAGUUGACCCUGCUCACCUUUGCUCGAGAGAUCAUAUCGUCGGCCCAAUUUUGCUACGCCUUCACAUCAAGAUAUGAUAAAUGCCGCUGUUAUUUCCCUUUUAAUACGGAGAUGGAGCCUCUUAUUGGGGACAGUUUCCAUGUCAAGUGUGAUGUCACCGUCGUCAAGGAAAUCACUCCAAUACUGCGGCCGCCAGACCUGAACCUGUACUUCGGCCACCUCCUAGCAAGCCAGGUGGCAACCGAUGUGACCUUUGAGGUUGGCAGCGAUCUGUUCUCGGCGCACAAGUUGGUGCUCGCCACCCGGUCCAGGGCCUUCAUGGCCGAGUUCUUUGGACCAGCAGGGAAGGGCAGCAGUACUACUGUCACUCGUGUGCAGAUCGACGAUAUGGAGCCGAGAGUGUUCAAGGCUUUGCUCCAUUUCAUCUACACCGACACCCUCCCUGAGCUACAUGAAGAUGACGACAAGAUUGUGAUGGCUCAGGAUCUGCUUGUCGCGGCGGAUCGGUAUGACAUGGGGAGGCUCAAGUUGAUCUGCGCUGACAUGCUUUGCAACUACGUGAACGACGCACGUGCAGCUUUCGCCAUGCUGGAGCUGGCUGACAAACAUUGCUGCCGCAGGCUCAAGGUGAAGUGCAUGAAGCUCCUCAAGGGCCACUUCGCCAAGGUCGCUCCUUGA